CCCUUCUGAAUGGAGUGUCUUUAACGUGAAGAGUGGAGGACUUAACUUGCAGCAGUAGAACAUGAGAGCCCUGCAUUUGGUCCUGGCCGGUGCCUUCCUGACCCUGCUCUGCCUCCCCAGCCACAGCCAUGGAGCAUCCUACUUUGGAGACAGCUUCUGCAAAAUACAGGCCAUCCAAGAUGUCUCCACUUUCCACCUGUCACUACAGUUCAAGACUAGUCGACGAAGUGGGUUGUUGCUCCUGGCUGCAGGAAUGGAAGACUACCUGUUCCUUGAGCUUCAAAAUGGGAAAUUACAGGCAAGAAUGAACAUGGGGGCUGGUGAGAUUACAUUGUCCUCAUCUGUUGGAAUACAGCUGAAUAACCUUCUGGAGCACAAAGUGUCUCUCAUGCUACAGGACGCCAAGCUCACCAUGACAAUUGAUGACUUGUUUUCAACAUACAUCCCUGUGACUGACACCGGGGAGGAGCUUAACAUUGACCUGGGAGUUUGGCUUGGAGGAACAGGAGACCUAGAUGCCCCCUACCUCAGCAACGCCAUUCCACCAUUCCGUGGCUGCAUGACUGAGGUCAAACUUGAGUCCCAUCAAUUUAAUAUUCUCAAACCUGAGUUAACGGAUUGCCAUGACACUAAGGAAUCCUGUAGCAGUGAGUUUGAGGCUGGUGAUGGGGAGACAACUAGUUUCAGCACUCCUGACUCUUUUGUGUCUUUCCCUACCUGGAGCGAACCUAGCGGAGCUGUUCGGACCUUGGAAUUCCUCAUGAAAACAACCAUAGAUGAAACAUUGCUUAUUUUCCACCCUGGUCGAGAGACAGAUUUCAUUGGUAUUGGUGUUAUGAACAGCUAUCUCAGAGGUGUGUUAGACCUUGGCAGUGGCAUGAAGAUGUUGGACAAUACCCUGGUGAAGGUGGAUGAUGAUCAGUGGCAUAGAGUUAGGGUCCAGGUCGAUCAGAAAUCAUUUGACAUUAAUGUAGACAGUCAGUCUGCCUCUCUCACUCUUGACCCCUCACAAAAACUGGAUUUAGUGGGAAAUCUGUAUUUAGGAGGUAUCCAGGGGAAAAUGAAAGACGUCUUCCGUAGUAGUGGGUUCUUGGAUCGUAUGGAGGAUCAGUUAACAUCUGAAUCCUUCAUUGGGUGCUUUGGAGAAAUCAAAGUAAAUCAGAAGGAUCGGAGCUUACAAGAUGCUUUGGUGACCAAAGAUGUCCAUGUCAAAUGUGAAGGAGAAGACUAUUCUGACUACUCAACCUACUAUGACUUGGAUGCAACUACAACAAUUGCCCCUGUUCGGAUCCAAUAUAGCGAUAUGGAUCUCAGUAAACAACACUGCUACCCAACAGAUGAUACACCAGAAAUGUUCCGAAAUAUCACAAAACUCCUUAAUGUCACCCCGUUGCUAGUCCCUGAGGGUGGAGAGGUUUUUUUUGAUGUAAACAACCUGAGCCCUACAUUUGAACUAAAUGCCGCAGGACUGCGCCAGUCUCAGAUAAUCUUUACUCUCCAGAGUGAUCCCUGGUAUGGACUUGUUGAUAUGAACAUUAGCACUAGACGUACUCAGAAGUUUACUCUUCUCGAUGUCGUCAAUAAAAAAAUUAAAUAUCUGCAUGAUGGAAAUGAAAGGUAUGCAGAUCAAAUCCAAUUAGAAGUGGCUGUUCACAGUAACAGCUACCUACCAGAAUGUCUAAAAAACCCUCGUGAAUAUGUCCUCCCAGUUGAGGUUAUUCCUGUAAAUGAUAUACCCCAACUUGGUGGAGGUGACAUUACCAUCACAGAAAAUGGGAGGACUCGUUUGAGUCCCAAUCUCAUCAAAAUCGUGGAUGCUGACACACGCUGUGAUGAAUUGGUAGUAUCUAUAACCCCAGAGCUUUCAAAGGAAGUUGGUUACUUAGAAAAUAUCCUGCAACCAGGGAGAAGCAUCACAGAGUUCACUUGCAGGGAACUGAAAAAUGGAAAUAUCUAUUUUGUUCACAGAGGGGGUAGUGCUGAUAGAAUUACAUUUGAAGUAUCUGAUGGACACUCAAUAAGUCAAUCAACUACUUUUAAGAUAUCUGUCACACAACCACAUAUGACUAUUGUGACCAAUACUGGUCUUCUCCUGUAUCAAGGCAGCAACUCUUCUAUAAGUAUUCAAAAUUUGGCUGUCCUUGCCCAUCCUCGCAAUGGAGAUAUUGUAUAUAACAUUACACAACCUCUGAGAUAUGGAGAACUCCAGAUUAUGUCAGGGAAUGGCAUGUCCAAGCAGGUGACCACUUUCCAUCAAUCAGAUUUGGAAUUAAACCGCCUUAGAUACUUGAGCACAGACUCAAGUGACCAGGAAGAUAUUGUGGCUGAGCGGAUUCAGUUUGACAUCCAUCUGGGACAAUUCUCUCUUUGGAAUAAUACUUUUUUAGUCAAGAUCAUGCCUGCCCAAGUCAAAGUUUCUAACUUGGUCCCACUGGAGAUCCAGGGAGAGCAAGAAAAGACAAUCAGGCACACCGAGCUUGAGGCUGAAGUAAAAGGGAAAAGUCCUGAUCCAGCGACUGUGAAAUACAUCCUUGUGAAGCCUCCCACACUAGGUAGUCUCCUGUUGGUAGACAAAGAACUGGUUGAGGGUGACAUUUUCACCCAGCAGGACCUUUGGGAUAGUCAAAUUAGCUACAGGCUCCGGGUACGGAGAGCAGUGGAUAGUGUGGACCAGUUCCAGUUUAAAGUCUUUGCUGAGGAUCAGUACUCUCCUGUGUAUACCUACCCAGUUAACAUCCUUGCUGAUUCAGAUGCUCCGGUUCUGACAAAUGAGAGACUGGUUGUUCUGCAGGGUGGUGAAGAUACUUUGACCAAAAACUAUCUGUGGAUCCAGUCACCAACCUCGACAGAUUUUUUGUACCGUGUCACACAAGAUCCAAAGAAUGGCCGACUCAUAAGGGAGUCCCCACCUGGCCAGCCUAGAUUUGAAGGGGGCAUAAGAGUAUUCAGCAGUGAGGACCUUCAGCUUAAUAGACUUAUUUACAAACAUGAUGGGUCCAAGACAAGCAGCGAUGAGUUUCAUUUCUUGGCAUUUGAUCAAGGAGCAGGAAGUUCAAACACCCAGGCAAGCAGUCAAGAAUCAGUGAGUGGUGUUUUCAGAAUAUCCAUUCAGUCCAAAAAUGAGCAUGAGCCUGUCCGAGUUGUGGAUAAAGUCUUCAAUGUGGUCCGCCAUGGACAGCGAUUGUUAACCACUGAUUUCAUUCAAUUCAGGGAUGAUGACUCAGGUUUUAAUGACACUCAAAUUGUCUACGCUCGUGAGGGAAUCCUUUCAGGCAACAUUGUGUCAGCAUCUAACCCUUCACAAUCCCUCUUCCGUUUCACACAAGCCGACCUGAGAGAUAAGAACAUUCUCUUCAUUCACCAUGGAGCAGACCGUGAACGUUUCCCACUACAAGUGUCAGAUGGCUUCCACAAGACCACCACACUGCUCCAGAUCCAGGCAGGUGACCCCUACCUGCGGGUGGUGAACAACACAAUGGUUGUCAUGGACCAUGGAAGCACCAAGACCCUCAACACCACCUUAUUGAGCGCUGACACCAACAUGGACAUCAGAGAUGACAGUGAGAUCAAAUUCAAAGUGACAUCACCACCCAGUGAUGGAAAGAUUAUUGUAAGUGGGAUUGAGGCUUCAGAGUUCACCCAGGAAGACCUGAAGAAGGGAGUUGUGUCAUAUGAACAUAAUUACCAGAGUUUGAGGUCCAAAGACAGCUUUGGCUUCACUGUCCAAGCAAAAGGUUAUUCUGAAGAUGGCACAUUCAGGAUUAAAAUAUUCAAGCAUGGUUACCUCUCUGAACCUGAAGUUAUAACAAAUGAGGUCAUCAUCUCCUAUGAGGGAGAACAUACCAUAAUCACCCAGGAUCAUCUCAAGGUAGAGCAGGCUGAUAUUCUACCCUCAGAAAUGGUGUUCACCGUUAAAGCGCCUCCUCGUCUUGGCCAUGUGGUGAAGCUGACCAAUAACUCAGACAGCACAGUCGCCCCUGUCCUGGACUACAUUCACUCUUUCACUCAGGAGGACAUUGAUCAAGGGCACAUUCUCUAUGUGUCAGCAUCCAUUCAGGGUAAUGAUGCCUUCACAGCAGAUGUCAGUAAUGGCUUUACAACAGUGGAAGACCUUCAUGUCUCUGUGAACAUCGUGCCUCGGAUCAUCCCCAUCCACACCCUAAACUUUACUGUAAAGGAAGGGGCUGGCGUGCCAGUCACCUCAGAGAUUUUGAACAUCUCACACCCCUACUACAGUUCAGUGAACAUUGAGUUUGUUGUGGAGGAGCCGCCACAACAUGGUGACAUCCGUUACUUGGACGGUGAUGAGCAAGAACUCAACUACUUCACCUGGGAAGAGGUGAAACUUGGACAUGUCUACUACAUGCAUGACAGUACUGAGAGCUCCAAGGAUAGUUUCACACUCACUGCCUCAGCCUAUGAGAUAGAGCGCCGGAGUCUCCCCUUCACCAUCUCCGUGACCAUUAUCCCAGUCAACGAUGAGCCGCCGAAACUGAUGCGCAACACCGGAAUGGAGGUCCUUGCUGGUGAGGAAGUCGAUAUCACCUCCAGCAUGUUGAGCACGGAGGACGCAGAUACCCCUGCGGAGGGGCUGAUUUACCAGGUCGAGACACCAACCAACGGCAUGGUGGCAUUAAAAGAGUCACCCGAGGAGAGCAUCCUGAAUUUCACACAGGCUCACAUAAACAACGGCGAGGUCAUCUUUAUUCAUGAAGGUGAGGAGUCUGGUGGUUUCAGCUUCACGGUGACAGACGGAGAGCAUACAUCUCCUCUCUACCAAUUUGUCGUCACAGCCAGGCCUCUUACCAUCACCAUGGAAACGCAGGAGGAGCUCAUGGUAUUUCCAGGAACAAGACAGCCCAUCACCAGUGCCAAUCUGGGGGCUGUGACCAAUGAGGAUGGAAAUGAGAUAAGCUACUCACUUGUCCGCCCACCUCGUCUGGGAAGGCUCAUCUUACUCAACGACAGGAACCAGUAUGAGGAAAUUACCCGCUUCUCUCAAACACAGCUGGAGUCAGGAGCCGUUUUCUAUGAGCACCAGAUGCCUGAAGAACCUUUCUGGGUAGUGAGGGAUUCCAUAGACCUCAUUUUGUCAUCCCAACCAGCCCAAGAUGUCCGUCACAUCCUACCCAUCACCAUAUCUUACUAUGCUGCUCACAGUAACAUCUCUUCACAACUGUGGAAGAACAGAGGUCUGGACAUUGUGCAGGGUCAGAGGAGGGCUAUUGAUAGUUCUAUUCUUGAUGCCUCUAAUCUUCUGGCUAGCAUACCUGAGUCUGAGCGAGACCAACUGGAUGUGGUCUUUGAGAUAAGGCGUUUCCCUAGUCAUGGACGUAUCACCUUGGGUGGUCUGGACUUACCCCGUGACGCUCCAUACUUCAUGCAGGAGGAUGUAACUGAGGGAGACCUGGAGUACCUCCAUGAUGACUCAGGGGCCUCCUUUGACAGCUUUUCUUUCCGAGCCCGUCUGAACCCUCAGGGACGUGGUGUGGCAUCCCCAGCCCAAUCUGUAGUCCUGGAGGAGAUCUUCAACAUUUCCAUCAAACGACGGGACUCUAAUCCCCCUGAGUUGGUCAGCAUAGACAUGCUCCUUGAGGUCCUUCAAGGCUCUAUGACCAUCUUGACACAGAAACAUCUCAACACUCGAGAUGAGGACAGUCCACCCGAUGAGGUGCACUUCAAGAUAACCAAAGCCCCCAGCAUUGGUCGCCUGGUAGACUCACUCACGAUGGACCCUAUCUCUGAAUUCACACAAGAGAUGGUCAAUCGUGGGCAGGUGGGCUUUGUCAGUGAUGGCAGCCUGGCUGAUGGCUUUAUGGAAUUCAUUGUGUCUGAUGGGAAACAUCAAACAGAGCCACACACACUCCACAUUGGUGUUCUUGCUCGUAUUUUAGUUCUUGACAAAGCCCCAGAGAUCAAGGUGAAACAAGGAGAUGAUGAGACCCUAAUAACUGAGGAGAUGUUGAGAGCCACCACAGGUGGCCCUAUUGAGGAGGAUGUCCUAUACAAGAUCACCAGUGUUCCUAAGUACGCGGCUGUCAUGGUGGACCGGCAGCCUACCUCCGCCUUCACUCAGACACAGAUCAGAGAGGGAAGAGUAAGUGUCCGCUUUGUUAAGUCCACUUCUCCUCGAGACAGUGUGGCAUUUGUAGCCCGCAGUCGGGCUGCUAAUGUAUCCUCUGUUCUCAACAUCACAGUUCAACCUCUGGCCAACAUUGCUCAGAAUCCACUCUUACCACAAGGUGCUCUCGUCCAAUUGGACAGAAAGCUUCUGGAUGCAACUCCCCUAGCAAACAAGACCAGGACUUCCCCCACAUUCACUGUCAUCCAGCAGGCAAGAGGAGCUCGUUUUGUGAGGUCUGGAGGUCCUGAUGCAGGUCAGCCUGUGGACACAUUCAGCCAGCAGGAACUAGAUGAGGGGCGUGUGGCUAUGGAAAUCCUGAAUACUUCUUCAGGAUCACAAGGAGGUGACAGUCAGGAUGAGGCCCGGUUCCUGCUCAAGGCCCAUGGGGUCCCUCCUGCAGAAUGUGUGCUUUCCUUCCAAACUGGACCCUAUAAUGCCUCUGGAGUUUAUCCUGCCACCCUGUUGAGGUUUCCUGCAGAAAUCCCAUGGGUAGAUAGCAAUGAUCUCCCUGGUGGGGCAGGGUCCCCUCGUGCCACUCCACCCAGACCCCGCUGGGAUAUGGACUGGCCCAAUGGAGAUGCCCCCACUACAGCUUCCUCUGGCAAAAACUCCCACAGAAAACCUGUGGUUUCCCGACGCAACAACUUCUGGUCUAUUUUUAUUCCUAUUCUGGUCAUCCUCAUCCUCCUGCUCCUGGCAGCCAUCUUGGCUUACUACUUGAUCCGCAAAAAUAAGACAGGCAAGCAUGAUGUCCAGACAGCUGCAACCAAGCCCAAGAAUGGAGAAGUGGCAAGCACAGAAACCUUUAGGAAAACUGAUCCAGCUAAUAACAUCCCCAUGUCCAACAUGGACUCCAAAGACGCAGAUCCAGAGUUGUUGCAGCACUGUCGGACAACAAACCCGACCUUGAAAAAGAACCAGUACUGGGUCUGAGACACUUUGAGAUAGGAGACAGAGAGAGGUGGAUCCUCGAGUGUUUGAAACACUGCCUCCACAAUCAUUCCACAUAGUAUUGAAGACUUCUGCCACAGCAGUAUGAUUAAAAAUUAUUUUUGGAAGUCAUUAGUUAUUUACUUCUUUAGAUCAAACUGUGGACCAAUUCUCAGGCAAUGAAACACUGAAUACCUAUUGGCAACAAAAGAGGCAGUUUAUUACCUUAGAAGGCUUUAUCCAUGUCUAUUUAUUUUAGUUUUAUCAUUCCUUCUCGUCAAAGGGUACAAAUAAGGACAUAAACAUGCUUUGUGUUUGCAAAAAAUCUAUUUUGGGUGUGCUCUGCCAAUGUAUUCCAUAUGAUAUCAUAGGCCAAUAUUAUUCAUUUGAGUGCAUAGGUAAUUUAAAGUUUGGUAAUAGUUUGAUUUUAGUUUUGGUUUAUCAGGAAAGUGGAUAAGUAUGUGUACAUAAAUCAUGAGGUACGAUAUAUGCUGUAUGUGUAAGAAAAUGAAAAACUGCCUCUGCUUUAUUUUUGUAUUUUAGUCAGGUAUCAUUGUCUUUUUUGUUCGGUUUUGUUUUUGUUUGUUUUUGUCUCUCAGGGCUAAAUUCAGUUUAACUUCAUCACACAAUAUCAUGCUGGAUUUCAGUAGAUUUUAACUGCAUCACAUUUUGGAUAAAUAGGAGCUGGAUUAAUACAGAAAACUAGUAAUAAAUCACAGCCUCCAUCAAAACUUACACAGGUUUGAUUGAAUUUAGCUCAGACUAAUCUUGUCAUCUUUCAUAUCUUAUUCUUUCUGUAUGCUUCCAAAGUGCUUGUAAAUAUUCACUGGACUGGCAUGGCACUGACCACAAAACUGCACAGUAUAAAUUUGUACACCACAGGCAGGAAGUUAUUCAAUAGCGUUGGUCUUUAACACAUCCUUAUUGGCUUAUAGGCAUGGAUGAGGUCAUCUGGAACUGGGAUGAUUCCAUUUUCCAAGUCCACAAUUAAGAUUUUAUAAAAGCUGAAACUGGUUGGUGUAGAUGUGGGAAUAAAGUCUAAAAUGCUUCACUGGUUAUAUUACAUGAUUCAAAAUUUCAGUGUGUAUAUAUACAGAAUUUGAUGAAGUCAUGAUCAAUUUAUUUUAUAUCUUCAAAGCCUCUUGUGGUGUUAUUCAUUCUAUUUCUGAGCUGAACAAAGAUGUGUUGAUAUCUUAAAACCAUGAGAGCAAUUGUUUAUUAACUCUCUUAGACUGUGCUUUCAAUCAGAAUCUUCCUGUCCCUCUUUAAACAUCUACAUCAUCACUCUGACCUGUGGAGGCUACGUUGGUAAAUGUUCAUAGCGCAUCUUUAUCCACCAGCCAUCAAACUUGGACUGCUGUGCUUUAGGUAAACUAGACACAGUUCAAAGUGUUCAAAUUCAGUUCAAAUUCAGAUACCUUUAUCAGCCCACUGAAGGAAAUGUACACUCUGAUUGACAAAUUUCAAAGAACUAAUCUUUCUGAAGAGUAAGUUUCAGUAUUUGCUGUACAUUUCCUUUCUAAUGCUGUAUAACUAUGCAAUGACCCCUUUCUAUUUUUUUUUUUUUUUUUUUUUUUUGGUUAUAUACUAAGUAUACAAUGAGUUCUUUGCUGUAUUAAUCUUCUGUUGAUCCUCUAUUUUUGUAGAUGUUUAGGAGCAGGAUUCCAGAUGUAGAUUUUAAAGACAGCAGAGAGCUCAGGUAACGGGCUGUGUAUUUCCAGUGACAUUAUCUUUAUCUCUUACAGCCAGCAAAA